AAAANNNNAAAAAUGGGACAUGAUCUUCUCAGAUUCUUGAUAACAUUUACUUGCACUUUUAAUAUAUUACUAAUUUCUUCAUCCCGAUUUGCGUCGUGCAUCAAUGCAGGAUGUAAUUUUUCUCAAGGAAGUUGGAUAUUCGAUGGUUCACAACCGACGUAUAAUGUUUCGAUUUGUUCUUUUAUUGAGAAACAAUUCGACUGCAUAGGAAAUGGAAGACCCGACAAUCUCUUCUUGAAGUAUAGAUGGAAACCAAGUGGAUGUGAGCUACCCAAAUUUGAUGGGCAAGAUUUCUUGAGGAGGUUCAAAGGGAAGAAAAUAAUGUUCGUCGGGGACUCUCUAAGCCUCAAUCAAUGGCAAUCUCUUACAUGCAUGUUACAUGCAACUGUGCCCAAAUCAAGAUUCACCUCAGAAAAAAUUCGAAACCUCUCCACAUUUUUUAUACCGGACUAUAACAUCUCAUUGAUGUUGUCUAGAAAUGCAUUUUUGGUUGACCUUGUAGUUGAAAAGAAUCUCAGGAUUUUGAAGUUGGAUUCAAUCCAAAAUGGCAAUUCAUGGAAUGGGUUUGAUAUGCUUAUAUUCAACACGUGGCACUGGUGGCUUCACAAGGGAAAUCAAAAACCGUGAGAUUAUAUCCAACAAGGUGACAAGCUUGUUAAGGACAUGGAUCGGUUAACGGCGUUUAGUGAGGGGUUAAAGACAUGGUCCAAAUGGGUGGAUUCCAAUGUUAAUCCCUCACAAACUAAGGUUUUCUUUCAAGGCAUUUCUCCUACUCAUUACAAUGGUGCGGAGUGGAAUGCAUCAAAGGGGACUAAUUGUAGAGGCGAAACCCAACCGAUCAACGGGUCGGUUUAUCCUGGCGGAACCCUGCCAGCGGUGGCGGUGGUGAAGGUUGUGCUUAGCGGCAUGAAAACUCCGGUUGGGUUGUUGGACGUGACGACUCUCUCGGCGCUGAGGAAAGACGGGCAUCCAUCGAUUUACGGGCUCGAUGGGCAAAAGGGAAAUGAUUGUAGCCAUUGGUGCCUAGCUGGAGUUCCUGAUACUUGGAAUCAAUUGCUAUAUGGGAUGUUGAUCACUAAUGGGAAAUCUAAGAUGUAAAAAUUGCGUCUUGUUUAAGUUGUGAUUGAUCACUAAUGAGACAUCACCAUUAGUCUCUUGUAAUGUUGUGUAUUAUCUUUUUUUUUCUUCGUUCAUGAUUUUGAUUUUUCAUGCAGUAUUUUUUUUUUCAUCCAUUAGUAUAAGAAGAUUGUGCGAAAUUAAAAUUUCAAAAAAUGUUAAUUGGUGGCUACAAGGCACUUUAUUAUUUAAUAAUAAUAUUGAGAAAA